AUGUCGGGACUAGAAGAGUCUAUGUAUGCUCUUGACUGGAGUGACUAUAUAGGAAUUGUAAUCAUUACCCUGAUGAUCUAUGACUAUAUGCUUCAGUUCGAGAAAGAGGUCACGUUUGUUUGGGAAAGACAGAUGUCGGUGAUGGCAUAUCUAUACCUCGUUGUUCGAUAUUUUGGUAUUGUCCUUGCAAUGAUUUCCGGCGUCUGGGGAGGUCUACUUUAUCAGCCUGAAGCAAAGUUUGUUCCGCCUGAUCUGCUGCUGACCGCUUGUUUAGUUGUAAAUAUAUCGUAUUCAACUGAAACUGGCUUUGCUCACCAUGAGAUUGAAAUAGGUCAUGGUACGCUUCUGUUCAUGCAGUGGGGUAUUUCUGGAUAUUUUUGCUUGGCGGAAAUCAUUCUCAUCUGGCGUCUUUAUGUUCUAUACAAUCAAUCCAGGCUCAUGCUUUAUGUUCUGCUGGGGUUGUUCCUACCUGUCGUCGUGCUCUAUAUAGGGGUGGAUGUAUUUUUAUGGAGUCGGCCCUCAGCGAUGUCAGUGCAAGAAAUAAUAAUAACUGAAAGUGUGAAGUACUGCACGGCUUCCUUCCACAUCGGGCCUAUGCCUGCGAUAUAUGCUUACAUCCCCAUCAUAUGCUACGAUAUUUUCUUGGUCGUUCUCGCCAUUGGCGUCCUCGUGAGACACCUGAAAGAACGAAAGGAACUUGAAAUGAAGCCCAACACCUACGUGGUAAUCAUCGUCCGAUAUCAUGUGAUAUACUUUGUUUUGUGA